ACCGCUCUGACCCCUCCCUCAGCUGUCAGUUUUUCAGGUUCUGGAGGUGAGUUGUCACGGAGUUUUUCCAAAGAAAAACGUAGUAAAUUUGAAAUUGAAAUCAAUUACCAGGUUUAUGAAGCUGAAGAUUCAAAAUGAACAUUAGGAUUAAUUUUAUAGUCCUGUCCAUACUGUUUCUUGGAGUUAUAGGCGAAAAUGGAGAUGAUGAUGUAACUGUAGAAACUGUGGAAGAACCGACCUCCAAUGUACCUUAUGAAAGCCCGACUGUUCUCGAUCCUCGAAAGGUAUAUUUCGCUGAGCAUUUCGAUGAUGUCCCUCAGUUUGAGAAGAGAUGGAUGAAGUCGCAGGCAAAGAAAGAGGGUAUAGACGAAGACAUCGCUAAGUAUGAUGGUGUUUGGGAGGUGGAGCAGCCCCACAAGGAUGCCUUUCAGGGAGACAGCGGUCUCGUCCUUAAAUCGAAAGCCAAACAUGCCGCCAUAGCAGCCGCUUUGAACAAGCCAUUCGUUUUUAGCGAUAAGCCACUCAUCGUCCAAUACGAAGUACUCCUUCAAGAUGGUCAGGAGUGCGGAGGCGCUUAUUUGAAGCUCAUCAGUGAAGCUCCGGAAACAAAGAAUCUCCAAAACUUCCACGACAAGACACCGUACACCAUCAUGUUCGGACCAGACAAGUGCGGCAAUGACCACAAGUUGCACUUUAUCUUCAAACAUAAGAAUCCUCGCAAUGGCACAGUAGAAGAAAAGCAUUGCCAGAAACCGAAGGAGCGCUUGGAAGAGAUAUUCUCCGACAAACUGCCCCACUUGUACACGCUCGUCUUGAGGCCGGAUAACACGUUUGAAAUCUUGGUCGACAAGAAGAUCAUCAAUUCUGGCAGUCUUCUGGAGGACUUUGUACCUCCGGUCAACCCUCCAGCAGAGAUCGACGAUCCCAACGAUAAGAAACCCGCAGAUUGGGACGAAAGUUGUGUCAUUUUGGCGCCACCUAUGAAUAUGAAUUCGAAUCUGUUAAAUGUCAGCGCCACCUAUACAUUUUAUUUGAAAUUGGCUUAUAAAAAAUGGCAUUUGAAUCAAUUGGUUGCAAUUGGCCGUCAUAGCUUCUUGAUUGUUCCAUUCGUUUGUAUGCAUAUUGAAACUUCGUUAUCCUUUCAGUCGGCAGUCGGUUUCGAGCUGUGGUCCAUGUCCCAAGACAUUCUCUUCGACAACAUCAUCAUCACCGAAGACAUCGCCAUCGCCGAUAAAUGGGCGGAAGACACUUUCAGUAAGAAACGUCAGAAGAUCGCCAAAGAUUCCGAGAGCGUGAUUCAGCGCUUGGCCGCUCUUACAAACGACUACCCGUUCCUGUGGGGAGUGUACAUCCUGGUCCUUGCUGUGCCCGUAGUGUUCCUUUUGUACCUUUGUUGCAAACCCGCCAGCUCCUCCGCUAGUCACAAGCAGGAAAAAGAAGAGCUGAGCCAAGCGGCCGAAAAGAAAAAGACUGAUCAGUUGACUGAAGACGUGGAGGAGGAGCAGGAGGGAGAAGAGGAGGAGAAGGAGAACAACGAGGGAGGAGAAGAAGAAGCAGCGAAUGAUGACGAGGAGCAAGAGAAGAAUUCUCCUCCGGACUCGGAGGAGGAUAACGAAGCCAUCGAGGAAGAGUCAGCGAGCAAGCCGUCCGUUGAGGGAGCGAGGAAGAGGAAAGUCAGGAAGGACUGAGCGGGGGAGCAGUUUUCAGUCGUUUUUGCACCAUUUAAGAAAACUAUUCCUAAGAAUUUGAUAUAAUUUUCGUUUUCAUUGAAUAAAAGGCGGUGUCGUAGCUGUACAUUCUUUUUGUGACUGAUCGACUGAUUUUAUGUUUGUAUCUAGCCGUUUUCGAAUAGUAUUAUAGGAAGUUAUGAAAUUUUCAGGAAGACAUUACCUUUUGUACAUAUUCCCUGAGAUGUAUGUAGUUGCCGAUUUGUUAAUUUUUUGGUUUUUCCAGAAGGACCAACCGUGUGAUUCAGUGAUCAUUUGUUUGUAUUUUUCUGUUUGAGCCUGAAUAAACGUUUCAAAAGAA